AUGGGGUAUGCUUUAAACCAACCAACAUUUCAUUACUAUCGGUUUGUGAUUAGCAUGGCAAAUGUUGAUGAUUUGAGGUGGGUUGACAAUAUUCCAGCCGAAAAAAGAACGGGGGCAUUUGACAGGGGUCGACGUUGGGGUCUCAUGACUACCAACCUUGUUGAGUCAUUGAAUGUUGUCUUUAAAGACAACUGCCUCAAGGUGAUGAAAGAAGAAACAACAAAAUCCAGCACACAUCAAGUCAGAAUUUUUGACUACACUAACAAUGUUUUUAGUGUGAAGGAGACCAUGGACCAUGGUGAGAGGAAGCCUAUGGGACAUUAUAAGGUCAACCUCUUAAAUGGGUAG